GAGCGCUCGCGUGCGCACGCAGUUGUGCUCUUGUGACUUGGGUGAUUGCGCAUGAAAUUACAGUCGCGAUCUCUGUCGUGCGCUCUCUGAGGUAACAGACUGGGAAAAUCUCACUCUGGUCUACUACACUACUUGUAUCCACUGGAAAGCGCAUCAGUCACGGGCUUCUCAGAGGACGGGUACUUCUGAAGGCUACAGGUUCAAGUGUGUCACUGGGCAGUAUGACGGAGGUGAUAAACAGCUGUGAAACGGCAGUGGGAGAUUUUAGUGUGACCGGUGCGUCUGAGGAACAGAGCAUCUCUUUUCAGAUCUUUCCAGAUUCCCAUGAGCGGAUCCCUAAGCUUUCCAAACGUCUGCCGUCUAUCGUGGUGGAGCCCACUGAGAGUGGGGAGGUGGAGAGCGGUGAACUGCGUUGGCCCCCGGAUGAUCUGAGCCCAACAGAUGAUCCAAGAGCCAAACAGGCCCAGGAUGCAAGCGAGAAGCCCACAGAUGAGGUUGGAAGGGGGACAGCAAACUAACAGGCAAAGGUUGGCGCUGAUCCAGCCAGUCACUGUGAAUGUCUUCAUUAUGGACAGGAGUGAACGGGAGACUCCACCAGUUAGGUCUGCCUAUCAUCCACACUAGAGCCGCCCACCUGUUGUCCUCCACUCCACUAGGUGGAGCCGAGGCCCAAGAGACUGUCUUAACUGAACUAGCUCACGUGCCAAACUCUAGUGGUAGUCAGCUGCUGUGAUCGAGUUGUAAAUGAUCAUAACAUCGUAAUCCAUGACGCCCAUUAAAACGCAUCAUCCGUAUGCCUGAUAAAAAUUAUAGAUUGGCAUUAACUUAUGUAUUUAUUUGCUUUGACCAAAGUCUUUAAUUUCUUCCUUCAUAAUAAUUGGAUGUAUCUAUAUCAAGCACACGUCAUGUGAAUUUCAAGUAAUACAAUUAACUACAGUACUGUUGAAAUGGCUCCUAUCCCAUGUACAGUAGAUAUAUUUUUCAGUGUGUCUUCACGAAUAUUCGUACAUUUUGUUUAUCAAACAGUUAUAGAGGGUCUUUUUAUAACAAGUUCACUUUCGCAUUUGCAUAAUUUCUCUGUUUAUCACAUCGCCGGGUGAUGCUUAUACUGUAUGUGAUUGUAUAUGAGAACUGCUGUAAAUGUAAGGCCUUGUAGUUAUAUUCAUGAUUUCAAUUACAUUACUGUUUGUA